UUAGUAGAUGUUGCCGGACUGAUCUGCUUGCUGGUUGAACAAUCUACCCAGAGAUAUACCCCGGAUCGUUUUGCUCAGCUUCUUGAAUUGUCCUGUAUACACCAUGUAAGCGCACAGCUCACAAUCAUUUUGCUCUCUCAGUUGGGCUUAGUAUCUUUAAGUCAAGUCUUAAGGAAACCUCGUUUGUCUUCUGAAAGUUUGUAUUUACAUGGAAUAUCUUCAAUCAUUCAGACUUCAGAACCACCACCGCUUUGGGCCCUAUUUACCUUCCCAUUAAGCUUUUAUUCUUUAACUUUAAGUUUACAGGGAAGACUCUUUGCAAAGGCAGGGGAUUAUGCUGCUGCAACAGGCAUAUUUCAGAAAGUUCUAGAAUUAUGUCCUGAUGACUGGGAAUGUUUCAUGAAGUACCUUGGCUGUAUGUUGGAGGAUGAUAGUAUCUUGAAUAUGGGAACUGACAACGAUGCAUCUGAUCCAUCAAAAUCUAUAGAGCGCACAAAUAUGCAGCUGUCAGAUGAAAUAUUAGAUACCCGCCUAUCAAAUGCUGAAACCUUUGUGCAGAAACUAAUGGCAGAAACCAGUAAUGAUUCUGUCAGAUGUCCCCACUUGGCACACCUUGAAAUUGAGAGGCGAAAGCUUCUUUUAGGGAAAGGUGACGCUGAGGAACUAGUCAAGGCUUUGAUGCAAUACUUCAGCAGGAUGGAUGGACUGCAAUCAGAGUUACGAGAAGAUAUGGAGUCCAUGAAAUUUGAAUUUCAUAGGACCAUGGCAUCAAUGAUGGAGAAGUUGGAUUUAAUGAUGAAGAAAUUGGAUGAACAAGAAGAAGAAAGGAAGAAAAAGGAACUUACAAUCAAUCCGGCUGAACGCACUGCUGAAUCUGAGAUUCCAUUAAAAUUCAAAGUGGCAGGAGAAUGUGAAGUUGUAAGGAUUCACCAUGAGGAGUUCGAGAAAGUAGAAAACCGAAGUCGACCAAUGAAAACACCAGUGUUUAUUGGAAAUGAUUUGGCCGACCGGUGGAUCUGGAUGAAUAGGGAGGAGACGGAGACCACGAUGAUGAAGAAAGAGGAAGAAAUUGGGCUUACAAUUAAGGCUGGAGUUCAUGUAAAAGAUCAUGUGGGCUUGGUUAUGGAAUUGGCCCAAAUGGGAGAAGACUCGAAGGACUUCUUGAAGCAAGCCCAAUCCAAUUUUGGCCCAAACAAGGUUAAAAUUGAUAGCUACAACCUAUAUCCUUCUUAUGAAAAGAGAGAGAGGUUGCGCUAUUAUUGUGAUGAGAAAUACAAUCUCAAUAAAGAGUUGCAGAUCUUGGUGGUUCAAAAGGAGGGGAAUGAGCAAUCAGAAAAUAUAGAAGUGAAAGAAGGAAAUGAGGUAUGUGAAUUGGUUGAAUUAUCAUUUGACUCAGUGCUGGGUCUGAUUAUGAAAAUCAAGAGGUCGAUUUUGGGACAAUUGCUGGUGGUCCUAAUUGACUGUGAGGCUACCCACUUCAUCGCUGCCGAACCAGCUGACCAAUUUGUGCUGUCAACUACAGAUACACUUAUUUCGGCGAGUCGAAAUAAAAAAUUGGACAAUUUGUGGGUAGGAGCAAUGGGCUAUGGAGUUGCCUUGAAUACUAUACUUGUGAUACUUGUGCAAUUGAGCAAGUCUGUUCACUUCUACGUUGUGACCAUGAUGGGAGUAUUUGUAAAAGAAAUCUUGUGGCUGUAUGACGAAUUGAUUGCCUCCACCUUGAAGACAAGGUGGAUUUUGGGGCGGCGAGUGCCAGCUGAUCUGGUGCCAGCUGAUCUGGUGUGGGGGAUGGGGGAGAAACAAAGGGUUUACUGUAAAGCACGUAAACACUCUGAUAAGAAAAAAAUUAUGAAGGACUUCUCUACCACGAAAGUCACUAAAUUUGGAAACUUAGCAUCCAUGGUUAAUAAACUGCACACUUUGAAGACAGACCUUGAGGACUUAGCUGCACAAAUGACAGAAAUGUUCUGCAAGAAACUUCCAUUGUCCAAGGAUCUGGAUGUACAAGAAAAUAUGUACGGUGAAGACCUUCUGUCAAUGGCAUGCAAUAUAUUGGUUCAGCUUUUUUGGCGUACAAGGGAUCUUGGCUAUUUGCUGGAAACAAUUAUGAUUCUGGAGUUUGGUUUGACAGUCCGAAGACUUGUCUGGCAGUACAAGAUUUUUUUGGUGCACCUGUAUUCUUAUUGGAGCUCGCUUCCAUUGGCAUAUGAGUGGUAUAAAUCCUUGGAUGUGAAGAAUAUUUUGCUGGAGACCAUAUCGCACCACAUUUUACCACAAAUGUUAGAAUCUCCUCUAUGGGCAGAUGUAAACGAUCUAUUGAGUGACUAUCUAAAAUUCAUGGAUGAUCAUUUUCGAGAAUCUGCAGAUCUUACGUUCCUUGCAUAUCGCCAUAGGAACUACUCAAAAGUAGUUGAAUUCGUUAAAUUUAAGGAACGGCUGCAACGUUCGAAUCAGUAUUUAAUAGCAAAGAUUGAAGCACCCAUUUUACGGCUGAAGCAGAAUGCUGAUAACAUUGAAGCAGGAGAAUGCAUCCUUGAAACCUUAAAAUGCGGGACUCAGUUUCUUGAGCUUUCAAAUGAAAUUAGAAGCAAAUCUUUGACCUUCAAUGAGGAUUUGCAGUUUCGGCCUUGGUGGACACCAACUUAUGAUAAAAAUUAUCUCUUAGGACCCUUCGAAGGAGUGACCUAUUGUCCAAGAGAAAAUAUGAUUAAACAAAUGGAAGCCAAUGUAUUAAAAACUGUUGAAAAGAGAUCUCUUCUUCCACGGAUGAUCUAUUUGUCCAUACACACUUCUUCAUUGUCAGUUAAGAAAAGUGUUGAAGCCAACGGGUCCUCAUUAGAUCCGAAGUUCUCAUUAGAGCUGAAAAGUUUACUUGAGCGUUAUGCCAAUAUCUUGGAAUUUCCCUUCCAUGAUGCAGUAGAACUUGUUUUGGGCGUUUCAAGUGGUCGGAAGCCCUUGGAGGCAUUAGGUCCGGCUAUUGUUGACUGGAUGAAUUUUGCUGUGUUUUACAAUGCUUGGAAUCUAAAUUCUCAUGAGAUACGGCUCUCAGAUAAAGACGAUUCUAGCUCUGGUACUUGGCACCUUGUUAACUUGCUGAUGAGGAAGUAUGUGCUAGAGAAGAUUGAGUCGACAGGUUCUCUGAUCUCUUCUCCUGGAAGUGAUUUUCCCAUAUUGGUGCAAUUGGUAACAGAACCCUUAGCUUGGUAUAGCCUAAUUAUCCAGUCUUGCAUCCGAUCACUUCUUCCUUCGGGAAAGAAGAAAAAGAAAGGUGGACUUGCAGAACAGAUAAACUCUAAGCUGUUUCACGAGUUACAAAAUGCAAUCCAAUCUGUGUGCGAUAUAAUACAAAUGGUUGCAAAAUGGUUAAGCGAUCAAAUUGAUCAAGCGGAUGAUGAGAACUUUGAAGCCAUAUUCUCCUCGAUUCAUAGAGAUGCAAGUACUGGAGGGCCUGGGAAGGUCUUCCAAAUACUCUCAUCUUCUAUGUCCGUGAUGGAAGAUUCUGAGUUGGGUGAGAGGAUUUCUCAAGCAUUACAAUCUUGGAGUCCUGCCGAUGUCACAAGGAAGAUCAUUAAUGGACAGACUACUCUAAUUUCAGAGUUUCUGAAGAUAUGCAAAUUGAAAGUUAAAUCAUUGCAAGCACUUAAACUUCAAAUUUAGCUCGUAAUUACACGGGGGCUAUGUUGAGUGAGUCGAGGAGACUGCAGGAUGAUGGCAGUUUUUCGCAUCUUUUUUGCGAUGGUGCAAUUUUGAUAGCUUGUUAUAUUUUCCUUCUCAGGAUUGGCUUCUAGUUAUCAAUGUACACUAAUUUAACAUGAUUCUUUGAGAAUAAUUAUUAUUUUACCGCUGUUCUGUAAUCGGUGUAUCAACAUAAAUUUGUUAUUUACUAAUGAAUUUAUUGUUGUAAAAGUGCUUUCCCCCAAAAACAUAGUGAAAGUGUGCGCAAAAUUGUGGAGUAUCAA